AUGGCUACAAAGAUCAACAAGGAUUUUCGUAAGGGCUGCAAGUGUAAGAAGUCCAAGUGCGUGAAGCUAACAUUCCUUUGCAGUUAUUGUGAUUGUUUUGCUGGUGAAUUUUAUUGUGGUGAAGAUUGCUCUUGCACAGAAUGCUUCAAUCGAGUUGAAUAUGAAGAUACAGUUGAGGUGGCACGUGAGAAAAUAAAAGUGAGAGAUCCACUUGCAUUUGACCCCAAGAUUCAUCCCGUUGUUCAGUCUACAAGAAGCCACAACGAGGGUGGAAAUCAGGUGAUGCCAAUUGUAGGAAAACACAGAAAGGGUUGCACUUGUAAGAAUUCAAUGUGCUUCCAAUUGUACUGUGAGUGUUAUAAGGCUAAUGUUGGAUGCAGUGUUGGAUGCCGAUGUGAAGGAUGUAAAAAUGGGUUUGGCAUCAAAGGAGAGUACAAUGUGUAUAAUGCACCUCAAACCAUGAGAGCCAUCAAUGAGAAACCAAAUGAUUGUGAAAACACGAAAUUGGAGUUAACUAGGUUGGAAUUUUCUCCUCCUGAAUCCGGUUAUCUUCAAAGCUCGACUCCUUUGACAAGCCAUGGAAAUGAUACAUCAAGAACUGAAAGUUACUUUAAUCCAUCACCAAUAUCUGCAAUCAGUGGGGUGAUAGGAACAAGUACAAGGGAGUUUGAUAUUGGUCCUUUGAAUCAACAAUCAUAUACAUAUGUUGAUCAAAGCAUGGAUAAUCAGCUUACACCUGGAGAGAUCAAUGAAAUGUUGGACUGGAACCCUAACGAGACCCUUAUAUAUACUACCGUCAACAACACGACUCAAUAUAUCAAGUGA